UUCCAUCAACCAAAACCUUCUCUUCUCAACUAUAGUAAUUAAGAGAAGUAUUAAACUUUGAGAGAAAAUGGCUUCAAAAAGAACUACUUCUCUUGCCCUUUUUCUUCUUGUCAACCUUCUAUUUUUCUCUCUUGUUAGUGCAUGUGGCACUUGUCCUAGUCCAAAACCAAAACCAAAACCAAAACCAAAGCCUAAGCCAACCCGUAGCCCUAAUUAUAAAGGCAAGUGUCCUAAAAACACCCUAAAAUUAGGUGUUUGUGCUAAUGUUCUUGGAAAUUUACUUGGCCUUAAAAUUGGUAAUAUUCCAAAGAAACCUUGUUGUACUCUCAUAAAAGGACUUGCUGAUGUUGAAGCUGCCCUUUGCCUUUGCACUGCAAUUAAAGCAAAUGUUCUUGGGAUUAAUCUCAAUGUCCCUCUUUCACUAAGUCUUUUACUUAAUGUCUGUGGGAAAAAGGUUCCAUCUGGCUUUAUUUGCCCUUGAAAAAUUCAAUAUUUUGCUUUCACUUUUUCUUAUUUUUUGAGGGAUAUAUUGUAGUUUGUGUUAGCUUUUAGUUUCCAUUGUUUAUGCUAUGGUUGUGUAAUUUGAUGGAUGUAGUUUGAAAUUCUAAGUUUUCUAUACGAUUUGUAUUAAAUUAUAUCACAUAUCCUUAGAACCAUACACACUUCUCACUAUUCUCAUUCUCAUAGUCGAGAAUACACGUAUUUCUAUUUUUCUAUACGAUUUGUACCAAAUUAUAUCACAUAUCCUUAGAACCAUACACAAAUUUAACUCUAUCCAAUUCUUCGGGUAAAAAAGUUUGUUAUUGUAUUUGUACACGAAGUGGUGUAUGUGACAUUUGAUUUUGAGCUUCCUGUAUUUAGUUUUCAUGUAAUGGAAAGUCUAUUUAUCAUU